ACCCCCUCCUCUUUCUUCGUAUAUAUUUCUUCCUCUUUUCUUCCCUUCGCUUCCAAGCGAGGCUCCAUCGGCCGCGUUCUGCGCCCCAGAUCUCUCUGCCGGUCUCCAUCCCCGAAAAUUGAGUACAUGGAUGAAGCGGCCGUGAGGGUUUUGGAGAUUGGAUUAGGUUUGCAGUUCUAUUACCUGAUGUAUAUUUCCAGACUAUUGCAAGUAAAGGUUGACUGUCUGUGCUUGUUUGAGCUUUGAACUUUUCAGGUUUCCAGAAGUAUCAUCUUGGAAACUUGAACAUCAUUGCCAAAACAUUCACAUUGUUCUUAGCAUUGAGCAUGCAGAAACAGAUUCAGUGCAGAUGUCUAGUUGAAUUUCCUUAAGAUAGACAGUAUUUCUGUAAAUGGUUUCAUGAAGUAAAAAAGACAUGCCGAUGCACGAGGCCACAAUUAUGGAGCAUGGGUAGGGUCAGAUGAAGCCAGUCUCAUCCUCCUAACCGAGUUAAUAAUGCAGCUGAUUUUACCAUAGUUGAUUGUCUUCAGGAAGAGAACUCUGUUUCAUUAAUGUUGGAGGAUCACAAGACCACAUGCUGGGGAUGUGGAUUACACCUUGUUCUUGAAUCUUAUUCACCAAUAUUCAAAUGUGGAUGGUGUGGAGCAAUAACAGAUCAAUGCAAAACUUUGAGGAAACCCGAUAGCACGUGGUUUUCUUGGUGGAGACGUGUACGAGACCGCCUUUUUGUUACUAUUCUAAUUUUCUUCAUGCUAUUUGUGAUAUGUACUGGUGUUUGGGCAGUCUACCCAGCUGUUUUCUCAAUCAGCAAGUUCUGUGGAAUCUUUCAUUGCCUGUUAACAUCUGUCUUGUCUAUUAUUACCGUCUCCAGUUUCUGCUUAGCAGCCUUUUGUUCUGCUGGGGCACCAGCAAACAUACCAUGGGGAAGCUACCCAAUUGUGGAGAAAGAUGGCCUGGAAAACUACACAUAUUGUGCUUAUUGUUCUAAGCCAAAGCCGCCAAGGGCACACCACUGCCGUUCCUGUAGAAUGUGUGUUUUGGAUAUGGAUCAUCAUUGUCCAUUUAUAGGAAACUGUGUUGGAGCAGCAAAUCACCGGUAUUUCAUUGCGUUCCUUAUAUCUGUAGUCAUUAGUUGCGCCUACGUUUUCCUGAUGACACUGUAUGCUGGUUUUCAUGUAUGGCCGCCCUUGGAAAUUAGAAAUCUAGCAUUAUCUGGCUUUGGUAUUGGGAGUGCUGCAAGUAUAGUGAAGGAGAUAGUUGCUGCCUUGGCUAGCUCUGCACUUCUUUUGUCUGCAAGAGGUCUAAUUCUUAUAUAUCUGUCAUUUGCAAGUCUGAGUGUGGAAAUUGGUAUAGUUGUGUUAUUGUGGCAGCAACUCUAUUGGAUUUAUGAAGGUAACACAUAUAUCAACCAAAUAGCUUCACAUAAUGUUGCACAUGGAGAAAAAGGCUGGCAGAAUCUUUUACGUUUCUUUGGUUGCCCAUACUCAGUUUACAGAGUACUUUUGGGUACUGGAAAUGCUGGAAAGUCACAAGAUAUAUCGAGCUCCAAGCUUCUAUAGAGGGUACAAAACAAGUGUUAGACAACACAAACAUCAGGAAGUAACCGAUUAUUCUGAUCAGAAUCUCGACUAUCAUCUGAUCGCCUUGGUAUGUUAUUUUUCCUCACUCCACGAAACGAAAAACAGGAGAACAAGUGUGAGCCUCCAAUGUCAGAUUCUUGAAUUCAACAGUUUCAGAUGCUGCUAGGUGGGUUUACCAGCCCGCAGAUAUUUGUCAGAGACAAGGACUUUCUGUUAAAACACACGAGGAAAAAAAUUAUCUUUAUGUACAUUUCUUUUUUACAUGUCCACCGACUACAUUACCAGCGGGUACUUGAUUUUGUGAGUGUAAAUUUCUCGUCGACUUUGUGUACAUGAAUAUUUUAUAUACUAGAUUUUCUUUGCACUCUA